UGGUAUUCCUUGUUGAUGGAAUUGCAGGUGGUAAAGAAUGUUGCAUCUCAGUCGCUGGAAGUAAAAAAGCUGGUUUAUGUGUACCUGUUGCAUUAUGCUGAAAAGCGUCCAAAUGAAGCAUUGCUAUCAAUUAAUUGUUUCCAGAAGGACUUGGGGGAUCCGAAUCCAUUGGUGAGGGCAUGGGCACUGCGUACCAUGGCAGGAAUCCGUCUACACAUAAUUGCGCCUCUUGUCCUCGUAGCGAUGGGAAAAUGCGCGAGAGAUCCAUCCGUUUAUGUCAGAAAAUGUGCAGCAAAUGCUCUUACCAAGUUGCAUGACUUGCACCAAGAGGAACAUACCUCUGCCAUUGAGGAGCUUGUUGGAAUCCUGUUAAAUGACAAUUCCCCUGGAGUAGUUGGAGCUGCGGCAGCGGCAUUUGCUUCUGUAUGCCCAAAGAAUUUCCUUCUCAUUGGAAGAAAUUAUAGAAGGUUAUGUGAGAUCCUUCCUGAUGUGGAAGAGUGGGGUCAGAUAGUCUUAAUUGGGAUCCUUUUGCGGUAUGCCAUAGCAAGGCAUGGGCUUGCACAAGAAUCAAUUAUGUUUUCUUUGCAUUCUAAAACAAGUUCCCCUUCUGUUGAGGAUGGUUCAGAAGAAAAUUUUGUUGUAAAAGAUACUGGGGACAUAAGUGAGUCAAUUAACUCUGUAUUAGUCAAUAUGGUCUCCCGGUGUUAUCUUGAAGGUCCAGAUGAGUAUUUAUCACGGCCAAAUUAUGCCAAUAAGGUUUCCUCUGAAUUUAGUUUUGCACAAUUUACAUCUGCCAAAGAUAAUGAUGAUGUGAAGAUCCUUCUUCAGUGUACGUCACCAUUGUUAUGGAGUAACAAUAGUGCUGUUGUACUAGCAGCAGCUGGUGUUCACUGGAUUAUGGCAACAACUGAGGAUCUGAAAAAAGUUGUUAAGCCGCUUUUAUUUGUGCUCAGAUCAUCUACAGCCUCUAAAUAUGUGGUUCUCUGCAAUAUUCAAAUGUUUGCUAAAGCAAUGCCUUCUCUAUUUGCUCCCCACUUUGAAGACUUCUUCAUAUGUUCUUCGGAUCCAUAUCAAAUUAAAACUUUGAAGCUUGAGAUACUUUCCUUCAUUGCCACAGAUUCAUCCAUUUCAUCUAUUUUCAGAGAGUUCCAGGAUUAUAUUAGAGAUCCAGACAGGAGAUUUGCUGCUGAUACUGUUGCCGCAAUAGGUUUAUGUGCAGAGAGACUUCCAAAGAUGGCAAGUGCAUGCAUAGAUGGACUGUUGGCUCUUACUAGACAGGAUGGGGAGGCAGGUGUUUUGGUUCAAGCAAUAUUGUCCAUUAAAACAAUUAUAAAGCAAGAUCCACUUGGUCAUGAGAAGGUAAUAGCAUGGUUGGUUCGUAGUUUGGAUUCAAUCAAGGUGCCAGCAGCCCGGGCAAUGAUUAUUUGGAUGGUUGGAGAAUACUGCUCUUUGAGUCCGAUGAUUACAUGGAUGUUAACCACGGUACUCAAAUACCUAGCCUGGUGCUUUAAGUCAGAGGAAUUAGAAACAAAGCUUCAGAUUCUUAACACUACUGCUAAGGUACCAUUGGCAGCUAUGAAAUUUGGUUUAAUAAGUAUCUUUUUUGGCACUACCAUUUGUGUCCUUCUCCUGUAAUUAAGUUUCUGAAUUGUUCAUUUAAGGACAUGGACAAU